AUGAAAGUUCCAGAAGGAUCGAACAAGAAGAAUGUCAAGGUGCUUAUUACAACGAACACAUUAUCAGUGAAAGUUAAUGAUAAAGUAGGUAUUGAUGGAAAUUUGUAUGAUAAAGUAAAAAGUGACGAGUCUGUAUUAAUAUUUGGAAGACUGUUAUUCAAGGAGAUUAAGAAAUUGAUGCAACGAAAAUUGAGAACACAAAACCAUUGGAAGUUUUUAGUCCUGAGACUCAAAGAGCAAUUAGAAAUAUGUAUGAUCAACAAAGGAAAUAGUAAGGAUAGCCAACGACAGAGGAGAACUUGGGAUGCUGAGGGUAGUCCAUUCAAGGGUUAUCCUUUUGAUCCGAGUAAAUUAAAUCCUAGCAAUGGUUAAAUAUAGUUCUGA